AUGGCGAACUCUGCAUACACCCGGUUUGAAUGGAGACGUACCGAACCCGGUCGCUGGGAGAGGGAUAUCGACGAGGUGGAGGAAUUCUACACUGCUUUGGCGAAGGCCUAUGAAGGAACAGGACGGGUCUUCUUUGCAAUGACUGGGUUCAUUACCUUUUCCAUCCCGGUACCACCAGGCACCUCAUUUCCGGACGCCGAGAAAGCGGUUGAGAUCGCGCUGAGGAAUGCCUGGAUUCGUCUUCGGUAUAACCACCCAACCAUUGGCUCCAGGGUCCAAUACGACCCAGUCGAGAAGAAAUACAAAAAGGUCUACGAGACCUUCUCGAACAGCGCAUCUCUGCGCCAAUGGGCUGACGAAACUGUCCGGGUUGUACCAGAGCGCAUGUCGGGUCUUGACUGGUGCAACGCGGACCCUCCAGUGCCUGCUCUCCCAACGCUGUUUCUUGUCAAGGCGCCGACCACCAGCGACCAGACCUUCCGCGCUGAUCUUGUCCUCCGCUCGCAUCAUGACAUCAUCGACGGCAUGGGCACCUUGCUUCUUUUCGAUAACCUUUUUGCUGCGGCCGCGGAGGCGUAUGAGCAGCCUGGCCGCGCAUUACCGGAAUUUGGAGAUGAGUGGAUGAAUCUCAGCCCGCCCUUACGUGUGGCAGCCGAUAUCCCAGCAGCCAUGACCCCAGAGCGCAAAGAGCAUAUGCGUGAGUUCCUCGAGCACAACGCCCAGUUGAAGAAGGGCGUUGAGAUAGCCAGUAUUCCAUUCCAACAGCACAUUGUUAUUCCCGGAAAGCAUCAACGUGUUGCAAUUAGAGUCCCCGCAGAUACAACGGCAAAGGUGUUGGAGAGAUGCCGGAGCCUUGGGCUGAGCAUUACACAUGCAUACCAUGCCGCAAUUGCGAUGGCAGCUGGGGACCUCCAGGACCGCAGAGAAACAGAGCGCACAGUGAGAUAUAUCAACUACUCCCUGAUCAACGAGCGCCACCACUGCAAGCCCCCCUACAGCACAUCGGCUCACCCAGCCUCUGUGUACCACUCUGUCUCUGGAAAGUCCCUCGCCAUUGACCUCACUGUCCCUGCCAUUGGAGCUCCCAACAGAACCAUCAUUGACCAGGAGACAUUUCUUCGCGUUGCUGAGCAUGUCCGUGACUAUUAUGUUGACAUCCGUGACAACGAGGAGCACAUCAAGCUCGUCUCAGCCUACUGGGCAAUAGGCACAUUGCCUUACCCGGAUAGUGAGACUCCCGCAAUCCCGCCGCGCAAUGAGACGCCGUCAGUGUCUAUUUCAAGUAUGGGUGUGCUCGACAAGGUCAUCCGGCACAGGUAUGGAGAUUUCAGUGUCGACCAUCCCUGGGUUACUGGAGAGGAGCUCGGGACAGGACUCGGGGUGUUUUUGGACACCUGGAAAGGGAUAUUGACUCUUAGCUCAGCGUACAAUGACGCUUGGCAUGGAAAGGAAGAGGUGUUGGAUGUGUUGAAUUGGUGCAAUGAUACCGUGGUUCGAGGGCUGGGAAUCUGA